GUCAAAAGAGAGACCCUUCCGCUCCACUCGAAGAUCAAACGAUCGCCUGUGGAGGUAAAAAUAAGGGUUUAGGUUUCUCUCGAGAUAGAGAGAGAGAGUUAUGGCGCAAGCUGACGCGGGAGAAUUGGAGUAUGAGAGUGAUCCCGAAGAGAUUAAGCGCUCAUUGGCGACUAGGAGGAGAGAAGCGAGUGAUGACGACGAGGACGAUGAAGAGGUUAGAAGUCGGAGGGCUGAGAUUGAUUCCGAUUUUGACCAAUCUGAUAAUGAACAUGUUGAUGAUGACGAAAACAAGAAUCAAGAUGGAGAGGAUAGUUAUGAGGAUGAGGAGGAAGGUGAUGAUGAUGAAGAGUAUAGGGAACAUGAAGAAGUCGAUGAUGAGAGGAAAGGUAAUGUGGUGAAGUCAGCUGAAGAUGAUGCGGUAGGUCAUGUAGAUGGAGAAGAAGAUAAGGAGAAGCAAUCGUCUGCAGUGCCAACAGGUGGAGCUUUUUAUAUGCACGAUGACAGGUUUCAGGAACUGUCUGCUGGCCGAAGCAGGCGAGGGCGGGGUGGAAGGAGACCGUGGGGAUCUGGAGAGGAAAGAAAAUGGGGACAUGACAAAUAUGAAGAGAUGAAUACUCAGGAAAAACAUCAUGAUAAAACCUCUAGAGGCGGAUUCAGAGGCCGCGGUCGAGGUAGGGGACAAGGGCGUGGAUACAAUAGAGGGAGAAGCUCUAACGCAUCAUCCAGCAAUGGACAUCAAAUUUUUGUUCCUAAAGCUACCACACAAGGGGGAGAGCCCAGAAAAGAUGAGAUUCCUCUUAGCAAAGGCAGUCAAACACAUUCGGUGCAGACCAAACCGCUACGAAAUUCUCGUGGUUCACAACAUUGGCAUGAGAAAAAGUCACACCACGAUUCACGGCGUUCUCCAUCUGCCCCUGCACAAACUGGGAAUGAAGAUGCCCGUAUCAAAAAGAACAUAGUCGUUUCAAGUCUAAGUUCUGCUUCUCCUCCAUUUUAUCCUUCAGUGUCCUCGAGUAACUUGGUACAUGGUAUACAAGUUGGCAUGGAAAGACUCCAGACGAAUGAAAGUGCCACUCCUUCUGGCAAGAAGCUUAGGAAUACAAAAUCUGUUUAUGUACCAGUUAAUACUGCCCAGACUUUUCAGCCCACGAGUCAAGUUCGAGGAACACCUACUACUGGGAACGUGUUUCACCCCCAAUCUCAUAGUCAAGGUGGUAGAUUUUCAUCUCCAAUGCAACUCAAUGGAGAUUCAAAAGGCACUAGCAAAAGCUACAUUAGACCUUCCGGGCAGGAUUUCGAUCAGCACUCUGCUGUCAUUAGACCAAUGUCUUCCUCCAGCCAGAUAACUAGCUCAUCAGGAAAUCGAUAUCCAUCUGGUGAAAUAGAAUCUGCGUCGGAUACAGGUGCACCAUUUGCUAAGGGUAAAGGGACUCUCCAGGCUAGUGGAAGCGGCUCUUUGAUGUAUAGUGGAUCUCAAGUGAUGGGGCAUGCUGAAAGUUUGGCAUCUGGUGACAAUUCUAAUUUUCCAGCUUUUCUGCCUGUUAUGCAAUUCGGUGGUCAGCAUGGUGGUGUUCCAACUUUUGGAAUGGCUUUUCCCGGAUAUGUCCAGCCUGAAAAUGGGAUCGGAAACCCGGAGAUGACAUGGAUGCCAGUUUUGACUGGUCCUGGAGCUCUAGGGGCUUCAUAUAGUCCACCAUAUACUGCUAUUGAUGGUUCCUACCAAGCGCAUAAGCCAGGAUACUCCAGCAGAGAGAAUAGUACAAACAACCUUGAUGACCUGGAGAAACCCAUGGAGAGGCCUGAGUUUCCAGAGAGUGAUGUUUCAAAACGGCAGAACAGCAAUCCAAGCAAGCAGCCUCGGAGGUACUCGGAGAUGAGUUUUAGCAAGUGAGUACAGUUAUUUAAAGCUAAGAAGAAAGGUUAGGGACUCCUUUGCACAGGGCCCUGGUGCUACUCCAAGCUUCGUUGCAGCGCACUUUAAGCUGCAAUUGUUCCUGAAUUUCUUAGGAAACUCGUCGUCUCAAGCCUUGGUCAGCCAGUUGUGUUUCGUCUUCCCAGUUUUCGUAUGUUGUUCAUUCAUAUUUCUUAGACAAGGUUGAUAACUUUAUUUGAGUUUGGUAAAUGUGUUUUCUCUUUAUUUUGGUUUGGUAAUGUGUUUUCUCUCUAUAAAACGCAGUCCCUAAACAGGCUAUGAUAUAAUAAGAAGUGGUUAAUGUUUGUGAUA